AUGUUCAUCCUGAUUACUUACCAACUUGGAAAGGUGGGUGUAAUAAAUAAAGUAUUGUGUCGCCACGACCGUUUGCAAGAGCUACCUGUAAUCAUAUUUUUAAAAGUUUGCAAAACCAGAUUUAUCAAAUAAAUUGUUCGCUAGCUCGUAGGUCAAAAGGGUUCCGCAACGUUUAUUUUUUAAAAGCAAUUUUUUACAAUAUAGGCUUUACAAAAGAUUGAAUACUUAGGUUGUAAGCUUCCCUAGUAAGUAAUAAAACGCAAACUUACAAACGAGAACAAUAGAACGAUGUACAUUAUCGGAAAUGCAAACAAAAUGUGAAAGUUAAGUUUAAAAACGAAUGUAAAAUGUUUUAUUUAUUAAAAAACGAAAUUAAAAAUUUUAUUUUUUGUUUGUCAUCGGUCACAGUUUUCCCAAAUAAAACAAUGGCACGUCUAAUAGGUUUAAUGGGUUUGUGAAAUAAAUAUUGCUUCGUUUUAUUUGGGAAAACUGUGAGUGAUGACAAAUAAAAAUAAAAAUAAAUUUUUAAUUUUUUUUUUAAUAAAUAAAAUAUUUUACAUUCGUUUUUAAACUUAACUUUUACAUUUGUUUUGCAUUUCCAAUGAUGUACAUCGUUCUAUUGUUCUCGUUUGUUAGUUUGCAUUUUAUUCCUUACUAGGGACGUUAACAACCUCAGUAUUUAAGCUUUCUUGAAGCCUAUAUCGUAAAAAGUUGUCUUAAAAUUAAAAGUUGCGAAACCCUUUUGACUCACGAGAAAAAGGCUAAUAUUUAAUAAAAAUGUUUUACAGAAACGUAAUGUAUUAUUACGUUUUUAAGUAAUAAACGUGGGCUUCUUAAAAAAUUUGUUUGCAGGUAGCUCUUGCAAGCGGAAACCUUCAGAAAUUUUUCUUAGAUCCGCCUUUUGAAGUUGGUAAGUUUCGACAUUGGAAAACUAAAUUGCGCUUUAGGACAGAGCCUUACGGUUGGCGUCCACACAAAGAAUAAAACGUUAACUCUGAGUUUUUAUAAUUCUAAUUUCAACGUGCCAUUUCUGCUGGAUUUUCAUUUUAAGUCUCCGCCUUAUGUGAAUAUAUCGUGCCUUCCGGAAGGCGAGCAAAGGUCUUGUAAAGAACGCUAUGAAGACGUACCAACACUCACAGCAUUUGGCUUGAAUAAUAUAACUGUUUCCUAUAAAAGCAAAAGUGCUAUGUUGUUUAAGGUUAACAACGAGGAAGAGCAGUCGUUCGGUUUAAGUUUUAACAUUGGCGACAACUUUCAAUAUAUUGGUACACAACUCGACGAGAGUAUUGAAUACGUUUUAAGGAAUUAG